UAAGGUGCCACAAGUACUCCUUUUCUUUUUGCGAAUUCUCAAAAUGCACUUCGCAGAACCUGAUCUGAAGUCAGUGGAGUCCUUUUGCUAGUUUGGAUCAAGACUGUUUGGUGCUCGGUUCUCUGUAGCAAAAUAAAAUCUGGAACAUUCAGAGUGUGUGUGUGUGGGGGGGAUUUGUCCAUUUUCUCUACUUGGGUUGCCCCCACCCCCUCUUUUCCCUCAGGCCUUUCCCACUUUGCUAACAUUUAGUUGUUAGCUAGAUGUAAAGAGCUGCCCCUUGUGUAUGGUUGCAAAAGACUCCAACCUCUCACUUUAUUUUGUGUCACUGACAAGACUAUUGUGUUCAUAUUGUGUUUGUGGCGGGUCCUUCCUAACCCUGUGCAAUGGAUCUCUGCACUGCGAUAAAAUCACUGUGAAAUUCUCCCUCCCAGUUCUGUGUCCUGGGACCCAAAUGUUUUUUGUAUAAUAGGAAAGGUAUAAAUUCUGGUUUGUCACUAAAGGUCAAAGGCUGAGGAGCUGUUUUAUCAAAAACUGCAGCAGUAGCUCUAGGCAAUUUAAUUCUCUUGUAUCUGGAAACAUUUUUUUUCUCCUUGUCUGAAACCACAGGGAAAAGGCCUUGGAAUGCAAAUGCCUGUAUCUUUCCCCACACACAUGCUUAAAAUCAUCAGUUGCCAAAGCCUAAAAGGUAAGGCUGUGCCUCAGUUUUUCUACUUGUGGAAUAGGGACAGUUUGCCUGGUUAGACCAUGAGCUCUGCAGGGCAGGGGCUGUCUCACCCUGGGUGUGUUUGCACUGGAGCUGGAAGGUGUAAUUUCUGGCUGGAGCAGACAUACCCACGCUCGCUGUGAUUGACCUGCCAUGCUAAAAUAGAGUGUAGCUGUGGCAGUAGGAAGGACCAAACAACUCAAGUACCGAUCUAGGGUUUUGGCUGGGACGUACUCGGGGCAGCCAGCCCCUCCCACCACCAUGGCUACACUCUCUAUUUUUAGUGCUCAAGGGUGGGUAUGUCUCCUCAAGCUGGAAGUUAUAUCUUCCAGCUCCAAUGUGGAUGUAUCCCCUGUGUGUCUAUGUAGCGCCCAGCCCAAUGGGACCCUGAUCUCAGCUGGGGCAGGGACUGUCUCUCGCUGUGUGUCUGGGCAGCACCUGGCACAACGGGGCCCUGAUCUCAGCUGACACAUUUGAACGCUUAGGCAUCAUUCUCAACAUCAGGAAAUCCGUCCUCACCCCAACUCAAAGAAUAGAUUUCAUUGGGGCAGUCCUCGAUGCCAAUCAAGCGAGAGCUUUCCUCCCAGAGGCACGGCAUCUAGCCCUCUCGCAGAUAAUCAGCAGCCUUUGAACUUUUCCCACCACCACAGCAAGGCAGUGCCUCAGGCUGCUGGGACAUAUGGCGUCAGCACCUAUGUGGUACAGCAUGUCGGAUUGCGACUGAGGCCUCUACAAGCGUGGCUCGCGUCCGUGUAUCGCCCGGGCCGCGAUAGUCUGGACAUGGUGCUGACCAUUCCAAAGCAUACCCUCAAUUCCCUACGAUGGUGGCUCGACCCCCGCAUGGUGAGUGCCGGGGUUCCUUUCCACCCUCCUCAACCCACCUUGAUUCUGGUAACGGAUGUGUCUGCGCUGGGUUGGGGAGUGCAUCUUGAAAGCCUGAGAACUCAAGGCUUAUGGCAAGUAGAGGAACUGGUUCUGCAUAUCAACAUCAAGGAGCUCAGGGCGGUCCGCCUUGUGUGCCAAGCAUUUCUGCCCCGCUUGCAGGGUCACUGUGUAGCGGUGCUCACAGACAAUACCACGGCCAUGUUUUAUAUAGACAGGCAAGGCGGAGCCUGAUCGUCUCUUCUCUGUCAGGAAGCCCUCCUACUGUGGGAAUUUUGUCUAGCCCACUCCAUCCUUCUCCAAGCUUCAUACCUGCCAGGCAUUCAGAACAUGCUGGCGGACAGCCUGAGCAGAUGGUUCCUUACGCACGAGUGGUCGAUUCGUCCAGACAUCAUCUACUCAAUCUUCCGCGGUUGGGGUUUUCCCCAGAUCGACCUGUUUACCAUGCGGUCCAACAGGAAGUGUCCAACCUUCUGCUCCUUCUGGGGUCACAGCCCAGGCUCAAUUGCAGAUGCGUUUCUGAUUCCAUGGUCUGGUCAACUACUAUAUGCCUUUCCACAAUUUCCACUUGUCCACAAGGUACUUCUCAAGGUCUGCAGGGACAGGGCGGAUGUCAUAUUGGUGGCUCCAGCUUGGCCUUGCCAGUGCUGGUACCCCACCCUCAUGGACUUGUCGGUCUAGUCCCCGGUACGUCUACCUCUCAUUCCCGACCGCAUCUCGAAGAAUCAUGGCUGCCUUCUUCACCCGGACCCUCAGUUGUUCCACCUCAUGGCCUGGAGGAUCCGUGGUUGAACCAGGCAGAACUCGUCACUUUUGCAGAAUGGAUGAAAGGUUUGCCAAUCUCUUCCCAGCGGAUCUCAUCCUGGAUCACGGUGUGUAUUCGCGCUUGUUAUGACUUGGCGAAGGUGGUUCCGCCUGCCAUUACAGCUCACUCCACGAGGGCGCAAGUCUCGUCGACAGCCUUCCUGGCCCACAUACCUGUUCAGGAGAUCUGCAGGGCUUUCAUGUGGUCUUCAGUGCACACCUUUACGUCGCACUACGCCAUCGUCCACCAACCUCGGGACGUUGCAGACUUUGGCAGAGCGGUUCUUGGAUCUGCAAUACCUUGACUCCGACCCCGCCUCCGCGGUAAGGGUUGGAAGUCACCUAACUGGAAUUGAUAUGAGCAAGCACUCGAAGAAGAAAAAAAGGCUACUCACCCUUUUUGUAACUCUUGUUCUUCGAGAUGUGUUGCUCAUAUCUAUUCCAUUCCCUUCCACCUUCCCCUCUGUUGGAGUAGCUGGCAAGAAGGAACUGAAGGGGGGUUGGUCUGGCAGGGUCAUAUAUAGAGCGCCGUAUCGGCACCACUCCAGGGGGCUCCACAGCCGGCCCGACGGGUAGCUGCUAGGGAAAAGUUUCAGACAGCCGUGCAUGCAGCAUGCUCACAUAUCUAACUGGAAUAGAUAUGAGCAAGACAUCUCGAAGAACAACAGUUACAAAAAGGGUGAGUAACCGUUUUUAAUUCGAGAUGUGUUGCUCAUGUCCAUUCCACAUCCCGCCCUCCUUCCCCUCUGUCAGAGUUGUCUGGCAAGAAGGAACUGAGGGUGGGGGGAGCCGCAAUGCCCCUUAUACCGCGCCAUAGAGGGCCACUCCAGGGGUCGCUAGGGGCGCUCCCCUACGAUAACUGCUAAGGGAAAAACUUCCGGCACCGUGCACGUGGCGAGCACACACAUGUAUUGUGGAAUGGACACGAGCAACACAUCUCGAAGAACACCCGUUAUGGAAAAGGUAACUGUCUUUUUCAGCAAUUCAAACCUCUCCAAGGUUUUUCCUUGCAGGCAGAUGCAUUCAUAUGCUUCUGUCCUGGGUGCUGCUGCUAGUCAUUACAUAGGAUUAAAGCAGUAAAAAAAAACAAAAAAACCAAAAAACCUCUUGUAUCACAGCCAGUGAUACUCGGACCUGAGUGGUUUAGGAGCAAAUUAGAGAUGAACAUUAUCCCCAAAAGAUCCACAGUCGUGUGAAUCCAUUGUUUCAUUUACUAUAGUACUAUUCAUACUUAAAGAGUGUGAUGAGGAAAUAUUUAGUUUAUAUAUGUAUAAUGUAUUAUUCUCACGGCAAAUAAGGUAAUAUUUUAGUGCAAGUUGAUAACUUAGUUGGUUAAUAACAUAGUAAAAGCAUCCUGAUUGUUCAAUCAUUAAAUCACACAGUGUUUUAAUAUCAUGUGCUGCAAAGAGCCCCAGGAGACGCAUUAUAAACAGCCACUUGCUGCUUGAGAGCCACGGUCUGAGUGUCACUGGUCUACGCUACCAACUGACAUGGAAAAUCUCCCAUCGGUGAACAUCCCUUAGGUGUACAGACAGACUGAGCACUUGCUAAUCAGAUUAUCUCAGAGACCACCUCAUUACUCAACCCAACAAAUGCUUAUUAGCUUAUCUGAUAGGAAGGGAUCAGGAAUCACAGAAACAGUCAGGUGAGAGGCUUGAUGAGGCAGGUCUAGAUGGUCCAUGGAUGAUUAGAUAAUACUCAGGUUAUCAUACCACACCCUCUCUCUGGUAUGAGCACUAUUUAAGCGGUGGAACUAGCAUCUGUCAUUGGUGGUUCUGUCAUAGGAUUUCAUGUGGCUGCCCAUCACCAUAGUAUCUGAGCACCUUCAAUGUAAAAGCAACAGCAAAGUCCCUACUGAUCUUCAUGGAGUCUCUCACAGAUCUUUCUUUUUGGGGUAAAAACCCUGCUCUUGGGCCAGACAGUGUGGGUAAUGGUUCUUAGAUCCCUUGGUGCUCUCUUCCACUGCCUUGAACCAAACCCCAAGAAGGUUCUGUCUCCUGUACAGACUUCCUUUCCUUUCAAGUAGGAAGUUUCAUUGUGCCUGAAGAGAGCUCUCAACUCUGCUCUUGGGUGUCCUGGGCCCUGGCUGUUACACACCUUGAAGAGGACUCAAUCUUGACCAUGAUGUGAUGUUCUCUGGGUUGCCCAGUUCCAGACAAGGGGACCAACAGUGAGCAGACCCCACACAGUGAAGCAGCCAAGAACCAGCUUGAAGCCUGGGAGGGACAGCAGCCAACUGGGGACACGCCAGGAGGAGCACUGUGCCAGGAAGGAACUACCCAAGAAGGACAAACUGGAGCUGGACCCAGUAUCACUGAGGAUGCCAAGGACCUCCAGUGGAACAGGUCCUCGGUCUAACAGAUUCAGGAAACGUGUUUCUCGUGGAGUCCCAGCUGCCAUCCUAGCUGCAGUUACAGUUUUUAUAUUGGUCAUCAUCCUUACUCUGGUAGUACUUUUAGCAGUGGAAAAAUCCAAACCAACUCUGGCUGCUCCAGUCCCACCUGCUGUGCCCUGCUGCCCGGACGGCUGGAUCGGGUACCAAAGGAAAUGCUAUUAUUUCUCCGAGACUGAAGGGAACUGGACCUACAGCCAGAGCCAGUGCUCUGCACUCAACGCCUCCCUGACUGGGAUUGACGGUGACCAGGAAAAGCAUUUCCUGCUGGGCUUUAAGGGUUUCUUUGGCCGUUGGAUUGGCCUCCAGAGGGAGCCAGGCCAGCCCUGGAGAUGGCCCAAUGGCACCGAAUUCGACCAGCGAUUUCCCAUAAGCGGAGGAGGCGACUGUGCAUAUCUGAUUGAAGACAACGGGAUCAGCAGCUCGAGGUGUGGCACAGGGAGAUCCUGGAUCUGCAGCAAAUCUGAUGCCCAUACAAUGGGGAAGGGACAUGAUAUGGAAUCACAAGUUUGAGACUCAUAGGAACCGGACCUGGAAAAGCUUUAUUAGGGGUCACAUCUUCCACUAUCCAAAGAUGAAGAAAGAACCAGUCUCCUUCCUUAGACUCUCCCUGAGGAUUCCUUUUGUUAUGGCAUUUUCCCUUUUGCUCAAGAAGAAUCAAUCAUAAAGUGUAGGGCUGGAAGGGACCUUGGCAAGUUGUCCAAUCCCCUGCACUAAGGUAGGACUUUGUAUUAGCUAGGCCAUUCCUGGCAGGUGUUUGUCUAACUUGUUUUUAAAAGAAUCUAUUAAUGAUGGAGAUUCCACAAUCUCCCUAAGCAAUUUGUUCCAGUGCUUAACUACCCUGGCAAGUUGGAUGUUAAACCUCCCUUGCUGCAAUUUAAGCCCAUUGCUUCUGGUACUAUCAUCAGAAGUGAAGAAGAACAAUUUUUCACCCUCCUCCUUGUAAAAACAUUUUAUGUACUUGAGAACUGUUAUGUCCCCCCUCAGUCUUUUCUCCAGACUAAACAAAUCCAAUUUUUUCAAGUUUUCUAGACCCUUAAUCAUUUUUGUUGCUUUUCUCUGGACUUUCUCCAAUUUGUCCACAUCUUUCCUGAAAUGUGGCACCCAGAACUGGACACACAACUCCAGUUGAGGCCGUAUCGGCGCAGAGUAGAGCAGAAGAAUGACUUCUUCUUUGAAGUCCAUUCCACAUUAGCUGUGUGUGCUUGCCACAUGCACCGGUGCUGGAAGCUUUUUCAGAGCAAUAUUUAUAGGGGAGUGGAUCUGCUGCCCUCUGGAGUGGCACCCGUAUGGCAUGGUAUAAGGGUCACUGCCAGCUCCCCCCACCCUCAGUUCCUUCUUGCUGUCUGUGACAGUGCAUGGAACAUUCACCGCUCUUACUAGCAUUGCUUAGACUUCUUGACUUCUUGUAAAGUUAGUGUACAUAGUUAGUAGUUGAGUGAGUUUUUGUUAGUCCCA